CACUGUACGAUGUCUUAUCCGCACAACCAAACAAGACCUGGAAUUUUCACACUAGAAGCUUCUUCACCUGCUGUUGCCAAAAAUGGUAGUCCACUCACUCUGUAUCCCAAGAUUUCCAACCGUUUUCUGCUCCAUCUCUCCAAAUCCUAACCCCAAACACUUCCACUCCACACCAAAUCCUCAACUUCAACUCAAAUUCCAUACAACUUACAGAGAAAAUAUCAGAUACCUCAAAACACUAGGAAUCAUAUCAAACAAAAACAGCAACACCAACAAAUUCUUCUCUGCUGAAACACUAGACAGAAUUCUAUCCAUUGUGAAUUUUCUCAGUUCCAAGGGAUUUACUGAUUCUCAGAUUCAGAGACUUUCAUUUCUGUGUCCAAGAAUCUUUUUUUCUGAUAUAGACCCAACCGAUAUCGAACCGGUGUUGGAUUUCUUAACUAAAGAUCUUUCUGCUACUCAAGAAGAAGCCUGUGGUUUGGUUGUCAAGUGCCCGGAUAUUCUUUUCUCUGAUGUUCGGUUCUGUCUAAGACCGACACUUCUUUUUCUUAGAGAAAUUGGGUUAGAUAAAUUGAACUCACCUACUUCUUUAAAUGCUCAUUUACUUAAUACUCGAAUUGGGAAGCUCGCUGCAAAGAUAAGGUUCUUGGAAAGUCUGGGGUUUUCUUGCGAGGAAUCGAGUAGAAUUUGUGCUCGAUUGCCGGCCAUAUUUGGUUACAGUGUAGAAAAUAAUCUGAUGCCGAAGAUCGAGUAUCUGGUCAGGGAGAUGGAUAGGAGUAUCGAUGAAUUGGAAGCGUUUCCGCAAUAUUUAGCAUUCAGUUUAGAGAAAAGGAUUGUUCCACGGCAUUUGCAUUUGAAAGAGAGGAAUGUUAUAAUACCAUUGCACAAAAUGUUGCUGUGGAGUGAUCAAAAGUUUUAUGCGAAAUGGAAAUAAAAUUGGUAUGCGA